CAUAGUGGCUACACAGCCGGGCUACGUGAAACUAAGUGCGUCCGUGCCUGUUGUUUUGUGUGUGACUGAACUGCUCGCCGGUGAAGGUGUCCGCUAGCAGAGUCUGAAAUGCGGUGAAAGCACGCCGUGACUACGUGACGCUGACUUCGUCCGCAGCCAUUGUUUUGUGUAUGAUUGAAAUGCCUGCCGGCGAAGGUGACCCCCCGUGAAGCCUGAACCACGGCGAGAACCUGUGUGAGCGUGUAUGCUUCACGUGUGCGUCUAGACAGCUAGAGGUUGAUGCCGAUGCCUCGAGAGGUUUAUAAAAACGAGCCGAUCCGACACUUCGUCAGUCUGCUCCGGGGACGGUAAAGGAACGCCGAGCAACUCCCGGGCAAACAAGCCGUCGACAUCGCGUCCAGACACCGAACACCGCCAGCCGCCGUGGAAGCCAGCCACCGACGUCGACGCGCCGACUUUGAGGGUCUCUUACGAGCCGCAUCGGUGUGGACGGACUGUCGACGCGCACGGCUUACUAGCCAUUCCAGGCAUUACAGCAUCAACAAUAACGUUCACUUUGGAACCAACGCUUCCGCACGGUUAAGCAGUGCCUUGGACCCUGUCCUGCACUGGUCACGAAAUGGCAGGCUACAUCACUUUCAUCUGUGCCGCUGCCGCUGCAGUCGCAACAGUGCAGUCGGCAGCAGUCGUGAGACCCUCCAUUCAACAGGCCAAGGAACGUGUGCGGGAACUCGCACAGUUACUCGGUGACAUAAAAUCCUCGAUUGUGCCUCGCCACUGCACCGACCUCUUGCACGCUGGCCAGCGCUCCAGCGGAGUCUACAGCGUGUUCCACAAGGCUGCUGGCCCUCUGGGUCAGAGUGUCUACUGUGAUAUGGAGACGGAUGGCGGAGGCUGGACGGUGAUUCAGAGGAGAGGUCAGUUCGGCAACAGCGUGUUUCACUUCUACCGAAACUGGACAGAGUACGCGGAUGGCUUCGGAAAUGCAAGCGAGGAGUACUGGAUCGGUAAUAUGGCUUUACGCAUGUUCCGCAAAAUGUGGUGA